GGCUCACUGGAGACGCUGAGCGUUCACUGGUGGCCGCCCCUCUCUGUGGCUCGACACAGCAAAGCAAACGGCUUGGAGCUAUUUUCCUAACGGCUGGAGUUACCGAGGUGCGCUGGAAAGUAGCUUUGGCUCUGCGGCGGUGAAGCGGAGUACUCUUUACAGCAUGGGCUCGCAGAACGACACGCGGAUGCUCCUCGUCGCGCUGCUGAGUGUUCUGACUUCAGCGCUGCGGGCCAGCAACUAUUACUGUGAAGAUCCACUGGUGGCAUCACUCCCUUCGGGCUCCUUUCAGAGUUCGUCAAGAUCCUCUGACAGCCACUCGGCACACUUUGCGAAACUCAACAGAAAAGAUGGUGCUGGUGGGUGGUCUCCAGGCAGUGAGGAUCAUCGACCCUGGCUACAGCUGGACCUAAGGGAUCGGCUAGAGAUAACGGCUAUUGCCACCCAGGGCCGAUGGGGCAGUUCAGACUGGGUGAACAGCUAUCACCUGCAGUACAGCGACUCUGGCCGAACCUGGAGAUCCUACAGACAAGAUGACGUGCCAUGGACAUUUCCAGGUAACACAGACACAGACUCAGUGGUCCAGCACAAGCUUCUGCACUCCAUCAGGACCAGAUACCUCCGGCUAGUGCCUCUAGAAGGAAGCCCGAGUGGAGGCAUGGGGCUCAGGCUGGAAAUAUAUGGCUGCACUUACAAGUCGGAUGUGGCGGAUUUCGAUGGCCGCAGUGCUCUGCUGUACCGAUUCAACCAGAAGUCCACCAGCACAGUGAAGAACGUGAUCUCACUGCGCUUCCGCAGCAGGCAGGCAGAGGGUGUGCUGGUUCAUGGCGAGGGACAAAGAGGAGAUUACAUCACUCUGGAGCUCCAGAGAGGCCGACUCGCACUGCAUCUCAACCUGGAUGAUGCUAAGCCCCAGUCCAGCGGCAGGCACACCUCCGUAAUGUCGGGCAGCCUCCUAGACGACCACCUAUGGCACUCUGUUCUCAUAGAGCGUUUCAACAAGCAGGUGAACUUCACAGUGGACAGAGACACCCAGCACUUUCGUACACAGGGUCAGGAGGACUCUCUGGAGGUGGACUAUGAGCUCAGUUUUGGCGGAAUCCCUCUUCCUGGCAAGCCUGGGACCUUUCUGCGGGAGAAUUUCCACGGAUGCUUAGAGAACCUUUAUUACAAUGGAGUCAACGUCAUCGAUAUGGCCAAGAGACGCAAACCACAGAUCUACACUGUGGGUAACGUGACAUUCUCAUGCUCUGAGUCGCAGCCAGUUUCUGUAACAUUUUUGAGCUCCACUGCCAGUUAUCUGGCUGUGCUCGCUGACCCUGGAAUGGAGGGACUGUCCUUGCGACUGCAGUUUCGCACAUGGAACCGUGACAGUCGGCUUUUCUAUGUCCCGCUGACACAUGGCCCGGAGCCUGCUUCCCUUGUCCUGCAGAUCAGCGAGGGGUCAAUCCAACUGUCUCUCCGGGGACCCCCACAGGACACCACUCAAGUCUUCACUGGUCAGAGUUUAUGUGAUGGACAGUGGCACUCGGUAACAGUGGAGGUCAAAGCUCAACAGGUCUACCUGUCUGUGGACAAUCAGAAGCCAGUGGUCAUGGAGAUCAUUCGUUUGACAGAGAGCCUGCAGAGGACAACUGUGUUCUUGGGAGGCUGCCCUGCAUCACAGAAUGGCCUUGGCUUUGAGGGAUCUUGUGAGAAACCGCACGCAGGUUAUCAGGGAUGCCUACGUCUGAUCUUCAUCAACAACCAGCCUGUGAACCUCGGCAGGAUUCAGCAGGACAGACCAGCAAACUUCAGCCAGCUCAGCUUUGACAUCUGCAGCAUUCGAGACAGGUGUGUUCCCAAUUUCUGUGAACAUGGUGGAGUGUGCUACCAGUCGUGGGACAAUUUCCUUUGUAACUGCUCAGGAACAGGCUACACAGGAGCUACCUGUCAUAACCCAAUAUAUGAGCGAUCAUGUGAAGCCUACAGGAAAACAGGAAGCCCUGCAGGAAUCUUCACGGUUGACCCAGAUGGUAGUGGUCCACUGGAGCACACACAUGUGAACUGUACCCUGGCAGACGACAAAAUUUGGACCGUUGUAGGCCACGAUCACCUGCAGCCUGUUAGGGUUCAAGGGUCUACUCCCAGAAGCCCCUAUGUUCUCAUCUUCAACUACUCCAUUUCGCCCUAUCACCUCCGCUCCCUGGUGGCCUCCUCAGAGCACUGCCAACAAAAAGUGACUUACCGCUGCAGGAAGUCCCGCCUCUUUGACACCUGGGAUGGGACGCCUCUGUCUUGGUGGCUGGACCGGGAUGGUGUGAAGAGGACGUAUUGGGGAGGCAUCCUGCCUGGAGUUCAGCAGUGUUCCUGCAGCCUUGAAGGCAACUGCAGGGACAUGAAUUACUUCUGCAACUGUGACGCAGACCAGGACGUGUGGGUGAACGAUACCGGUCUGUUGUCUUACAAAGACCAUUUACCCCUCAGUGAGAUCGCCAUUGGAGACACAAACAGAACAGGCUCGCAGGCUCUCUUCCAGAUUGGACCACUACGUUGCUAUGGAGACCGAUUUUUCUGGAACUCAGCCUCCUUUUUUGCGGAGUCUUCAUACUUGCACUUCCCCACGUUGCAAGCUGAACUUAGCAUGGACAUCUCCUUCUACUUUAAGACCAGCGCUCCUUCUGGGCUCUUCCUGGAAAAUGUGGGGGUGCGAGACUUCAUCAGGCUGGAACUCAGCUCUCCUUCCAUAGUCACCUUCACUUUUGACCUCGGGGACGGCCCAGUGGUUUUGACGGUUAGGUCACCCAUGCCUCUGAAUGACCGGCAGUGGCAUCAUGUGCGAGCUGAGAGAAACGUUAUGGAGGCCUCACUACAGGUUGAUCUGCUGCCCCUCCAGCUGGUAGAGGCAACACCUGAAGGACAGUACAGACUCCAGCUCAACAGCCAGCUGUUUGUAGGAGGAGCACCCACAACUCAGAAGGGUUUCCUCGGGUGUCUGCGUGCUCUCAGCAUAAACGGAAUGACCUUUGACCUUAACGAGCGGGCUAAGAUGACACCCGGCAUGAAUUCUGGCUGCCCAGGUCACUGCAGCAGUGAUAGCCUCUGCCAUAAUGGAGGAAGAUGUGUGGAGAACAGGAACAGCUAUGUGUGUGACUGCACACAUACAGCCUUUGACGGCCCCAAGUGCAGAACAGCUAUCUCGGCGUCCUUUGAGAGAGGAACGUCUCUGACGUAUGCGCUUCAGGAGCCGUUCUCUGUCAUGCGGAACCAGGAUGCCAAACAGUUGCAGAGCGGCACAUACACCGAGUCUGUCAAAUCUCGAGAAAAUGUGGCAUUUGGGUUUCUGACCAGGCACGGCCCGGCUUUGCUGUUGACUGCCCAGUCCAAUGACCAGCGCUACAUGGCCAUCACACUUACACAAAACGGCAGUUUGCAAAUCUGGUACAGGCUGAACCAGGAGAGAGGUCCAGACACAUUCAGCCCUGGCUCUGCCAGUCUAGCUGAUGGACAGUUCCACUGGAUCAGAAUGAACCGUGAGGGAAGGGAACUUUAUGUCCAGAUUGAUAACACGGUGACACAGCAGUAUAGCCUGUCUCCUGGCUCUGUGCUCAUGCCGAUGAGGACAUUAACCCUGGGGAGGAUCCGAGGAACUGACAUCACUGACGAAGAGGUGCUCCGUGCAGGGUCGAGAGGGUUCAUUGGUUGUUUGUCCUCUUUCCAGUUUAAUGAGGCUGCUCCCCUGAAGGCAGCCCUACAAAACAAAGGAAGCUCACUGGUCAGCAUAUAUGGCCGAUUGGAGGAGUCAAGCUGUGGAAUUACGUCAAGCACAAACACUCUUACUACAACACACACAAAGUCAGACGACUCAUCAAAAUCAGACAGAGGGAAUGCACCGCUGAAGAAAGCAGCGCAGAAUGACUCAGCACUAAUUGGAGGAGUUGUAGCUGCUAUAGUGUUCACCUCUCUGUGUGCGUUGGCUGUGAUAAUCCGUUACCUCUACCGGCACCGGCAGACCCCACCACCUCAGGUCAUCACAGCAAAGAAUCAGCGACCCAGCCUGGAGCCUCCAGUCUACCGGCCAGAUCUGGACCCUCACAAAGCAAGCCGCAUCAGCAAGGAGUACUUCAUCUGACUGGACUUUUACUUCUGCACCUGUGUCAGGCUCACAAACAGCCUAACAUGAGUGCGUGUUGCCCACGCCAAGCCUUCCAACCCCUCUGCACCAUCUUUAACACAGGCUGUCAGUCAAAAGGCAGCUGCUGAGCCUUGAUCCAGGUUGGAUAGGAUCACAGGUUUUUGUUCAGCUGGGUUUGAAGGACUCCUCCAUUGCUGGUUAUGCUUUACAGAAUUCUGGAAAGAUUAAUGUGAAAAAAGAAGCUAUUCUGAAAGGUGCUGGGAAGUAUGGUUUUAAGAGAACAGUGUGGCAUCAUUUAUAAGAGGAGAAAUGGAUUUUGUUAUGUGCUGUAUGAUAUUACUGAAAUGCUUUAAGAUGCAGCAAGUCUUGCCCAACCCACACACUUCUCAAGCAGAAGCCAAAUUCUGAAAACAAAUGGUGUUUUUGUCCAAGAGGCAAACUUUACUUUCUAUGCUAAACGCAAGUGAGGGGCUUCUAGCUUAUGAGCAGAGCGUGGGUUCUCUAGCUAAUGGAGCCAAACCAUUGAGGGGGGCACCCUAGAGAGCUGGAUUUUGGUUUCGGUGGCUGAAUUUCUCAAAUCUUGUUUCAAAGCAGUGGUCACCAACCCAGUCAUAUUGGAGAUACCCAAGCUGUAAAGGGAGGUUCACACUGAGCGUGCUUUUUGCAAAACAAGGCUCCUUUUUUCUAUUGGUUUCAAAGGGAGAGGUGCAUUUUGGGCUGCUGACUUUUGUACGGCACAUUCCGUGCAUCCUGAGUUCAACUCAAAACGAACAUGUAGUACACCUUUUUUUUCUGUUCUGACUAGUCCUGUUAAACAGAAAGUAAACUUUCAGUGACAGUUGCAGUCGCUGAGUAUCCUCAACUGCUUGAUCAAAAUUAGCACAAAAUAAACAAAAAGUAGCUAUUUUGCUUUAGCUUAUUUUAUUAGCAGCACCUUGUUUGCUAGUUAACAGUAGAUGACUUUAUAAACGUGAAAGUCACCAGAUCUUUAUGGAAAUUAGGGAUGUGCACAGGUACUCAAGUGCGCGUUUGAUCAUUUGAGAUGACAGUAUACAAAUACUAAAAUCAUGGGAAGAUAUAAAGGAGAACAAUUCAGUACAACGCAAUGGUUUUGUACAUAUUUGCGAGUAAGCAUGUUAUGUAGGACGUGGCUAAGAAGGAUGAUGUAGCAGAGCUCUGUCACUAACUAGGCUAAGUACUCUUGCAGAUGUUAGCUCAGUCCAGAACCAAUGAAAAUAUGUUUCUCUGACAAAUAACAUGUUGGCACAUUGUCCACUAAGGUGAAAAAAGCCUCGUCUAAAAGAUAAGACCUUAACCCUAACCGUAGUCUUUGGGCAGUUUCAGAACAAUAAAACGUUAAACUCUGCUAUUUUUGUGCACCUCGGCUCUGUGAUCUAAAAAGGUAAGCCUACAUUAUUUGUGACCUUAUUUAAGUUCUUUUUUUACUCAGUACUCAGAUACUUGAUUAUCAAAAUUAGUUGGAACAUCCCUACAGUAAAUUAAAGGAUAACUAGCUAGCACAGCUGCUUAUAAUGUUACAAUGCUACUGUUGCUUAGCAACACAACGUGAGCAUGAACAGGUGCACUCUGCCUAUAUUAUUACACCAUUAUAAAAACGCAGUGUGAACCCCCCCAAGCCCAGUUCACCGUCAUCCGACAAGACGAGACAGCAGAGACAGUUUUGAGACAUUGUAGACAGCAGUUUUAAGGGGCUAUGUGAUGGAAAACCAUGUAAAUACUACUGUAAGUAGUUUAUAAAUACAUUGUUAAAGCUUCAAAACAUACCAUUUACUCCCCAGUCAAUAUAAGUAAAACUGGUAAAACGACCAGUUUUGAAUUCAUUGUUUUUUUUCUGUCUGAGCAAAACCUCAUAUCUCCAAAAUGGUAACUUUACAGGAGAAGCAAAAUACAUACUGUACUUUUCAUGUAGGUCUAUGGAACCAGGCUUUUUUCCAAGUCAUUUUGGACCAUUUCUUUUAGUCCAUUCAUCAUGAAACCUACACACAAUGUAAAGGGUAACAGUUAAUUUCAAAUUAUGUCAAAAACUGAAAAACAAUUUGAGCUUUUGUCCUGGCAACAGCGUUAGGUCACAAACCCAGAAUACAGCGUCCACUUCAUUAGGUAUACCGACCUUGUAUCUAGAUUUGUUGUCCAUUUAAUACAGGUGCACUACAAUCAGAGAGUGUAGUCCAUCUCUCUUAAUAGUAGUAGUGUUUAUUAAUGGGCAGGACCCCCACAAGACCACCAUAGAGCAGGUAUUAUUUGGGUGGUGGAUCAUUCUCAGCACUGCAGUUACACUAGCAUGGUGGUGGCAUGUAAGUGUGUGUAUGUGUUGCACAGAGUGGAUCAGAUAUCUUUUAAUUUGUUACUGUCUAUGGGCUGAAAAUAUAAGAAUUUUAAUGAUGGCUUAUUCAAUGAUGUAUAUAUAAAUAUAUCUUUAGUAUAAGGCAGCAGUGUUUUUAAAUGAUUUUCUCUGCAUGAUGAGGGCUAAAGCUCUGAGAGCCAGCAAGGCAGGAUGUAGAAUAUUAACCUCAGGGCCAGGCUUACAACUUUUGAAAACAGUUUUAUUAUUUAGAUUUACACUAAUUAGCCAAAACAUAAUGACCAAACACCUCAUGCCUAAAACACUGUCAGUCAUUCACAUGGUGGCAAAACAGCUCUGACUAAACAACACCUCUGAAAAUGCCUUGUAGUAUUGGUGCCAACGAGCAACCCAUAAAGUCCCAUAAACUGCAAGCUGGAGCGAUGAUAAUGUUUUUCUGUGUUUUUCAGGGAUAUUUGCUCUUGCCAGUUUAUAGUACUUGGUGUCAACUGAAAUGUAAAGAUAAAGCUGUGGGAAGAAACUAACCACUGAUAAAGCACUUCUGUUGUAAUAAGUGGAUAAUAAAAUGGGCAAUGAGUAGAGACACAAGGUAGGCAAACCUUAUACUGUUGCUGGUAAAUGUAAAUCCACAUAUUUGGAUAGUGUCUAAAACUAAAUGUUAGACUUAAAACUCUUUUUAAUACACUCUAAAACCAUCUUCUGUAGUUGGGUAAAGAUGGAGUAGGGGAUUUAUUUUAGAAACAUUUUAGUGAAUUUCUUAAAAUAUAUUAUAUAAGAUAUAUAAUUAUAAGAUUUAUAUAUCUUAUACUCUUCACAUUUCACUUCCUGAAAACAGUUGAUAAAUCAAAUGCUCCAACAAUAAAAAAUAAAAAUCAUUAUCUAUGGAGGCCAAAGGACUGUAAAAACCCAUCCUGCCCAACCCUGUCUACCCACCUACAUCAUGAUCUACCCACAAGUGCACCUUCUGAGCGUGUACUCAUUUGCAUAUUUGCAGAGUCUGUUAUACAUCUUUACACACACACGCAGCAGAAAAGCGGCAAGCUAGGUCCACAAAAAUGGCAGAGAAAGUUACACAGGGACCUAUAGCAGCUUGCACUGCUAAAGAAAGAAAAAAUAGACAGACAGAAGUAGAAAACACUUUGAACAAAAAGGUUGGAUAAGCCUGGAAAACAACACUAAGGUUCCUAUUUUUCUGUUGGACAGGUAAUUAUCUGGUUUGUGUUUGUUUGUGAGGGACUUUGGGGUUUUCCUGAAUUGUGUAGCCAUCAUCGACUUAUAUAGCCAUGUUAUGUAUCAGUUCAAUGCUAUGUAUUAGUUUGUGUGCGUUCUUGUGUGUUGGGGAGGUGUGGCUUUAAGGCAGGUGGGAUUUCUUUCAAAAACUAGCUUACACUUCAUUUCUCCAAAAUCACCUACUCCAGCUUUAAGUGUGAACUGGGUUUCGCUCACUUUAUCCACUAGUUCACCACAUGUGACUAAAAAGACGAGAUGGAUCAGAUGCGGUGUGUUGAGGUUAAAGCUAAAUUCUGCAGAGCAGUAGAGGUCCAUGGGCAGGGUUGUUGACCACUGUGGAUUAAUUGUGUCCUGCCUUGUCAAAAGAAAAAAAAAAAGUCCACGUCUGACAGUGAGGACGUUCAUAAUAUAAAAUAAUCGAUUCAACCAGUAGACCCAGUGCAGAGGACGAUUAGCACUGAAAAACUAUUAGCAUAAAUCACCACUAGCCGAGGGGUGUAAUAUGAAAGCUCUGUGUCUGUACAGCCCUCUAGCACAUCUAGCACGUCCAGCAGGUUAGGUAGUGUGAGCUUUAUACACUCUCCUGCCUUAAUGCAGCCAAAUCCAUGACUGAAUGUGCCUAAGGCAACCAUGGUAAGAUUUUCCUUAUUGAAGUGCUUUAUGUCCCCUGACAGUAAAAGCACCCUUGUCAUGCCCUCUAAGAAAAUAACACGCUUUUCUUAUCGAGAACGAUUUCUUUUAGUCAGCGGUUCGUUUUUCUAUAUGGCUAUUGUUGUAAAUGACUGUUGUAUAUCGAUUUCAUAAAUAUAUUUAAUAAAAAGAGCUUUUUUAUAGCCUCUGA